AUGGCAGCCGAGGGCCCCCAACUGACCCCGGUCGGGGAGAAGUCCCUACCAGCAAAAUGCAAGGCGCAGGCCGUGGCGUACUGUCCCACGAUGGACCUAAUAGCGCUGGUGACCGAGGACGAGGAACUGCGCGUAUUCCGACUUAAUGGACAGCGAGUAUUCGGGGGUUCUUUUGGUGGAGAUCCGUACCUAGGCGAGGAUGAAGAGGAUGGCGAGAUUAGAGGGAUGGCGUGGAAGGGAAAUGGUCGCCUCCUCGCUGUCGCGUGUGGAGAUGGCUCGCUCCGCAUCAUCAGUUCGUAUACUGGGAAGACGGUGCACCACUACCAGACCUAUCAGCAGAAAGAGGAGCAGUCUGAUCCCACUGAAAACUCGAUACCCAAGACAACAUGCGUUGGGUGGGGUGUCAAUUUUACAGAUAGCAAAGCCGCACAGCGGCAACUGGAUGAAUCCGCGGGCCAGGUCUCCGUUGACGAUCUUUUAGCACCAGGAGUAUAUCCUUCCAAGGCAACUGCGAUGCUCAAAGCGGAUUUACCGAGGGAACUUGCCUUGCUGGACAUUGAGAGUUCGUUACCGAAACUGAGUACCCUGCCUGCAACCGGAGGCGACGACGAUGUCUUUAGUUCGCGGGCGUCUCUGGACGCCAUAUUCCAUUCUUCGAAGGAUACUAAUGACUCGGUUGAUGUGCUCUCUGUCGGUUUCGACGAUGGAACCGUCCACCUGCGCAUAUUUGAUUGCUUUGAGAUUGGUUCUUUCCCUGUGGGAAGCUCCCCCGGUAUCUCCGACUCGUGCCGUAUCCUGCGGCAUUCUUCGCACCCCUUGAGCUCUACGCAUGCCCUGCUGGUAUCGCCGGCUAAGGGAGAUACUCGUGGUCCGCUUGAACUUGUUACCAUGGAUCUUCGCUUUAUCACGAAGUCUGGGAGAUAUCUGUCUCUUCUUGCGUCAAAGACUACUCAGCUUCAGAAUUUGCUGCGAUAUAUCGGUCAGGUGCAACGGCAGAUUGAGCUUGAGUGGAAGAAUGCGCAGGAGCUUCCUGCGCGGUUCUUGCGCAGUGUUAAUGAGGACUUGAGGGAGAAGUGCCAGUGUGAUUUUAUCACCGCUGUCUACCACUUGGUGGUUACCGGUCAUUGCUUUGAGCCGAUGAAAGAGUUCCUCACGGAUAUUGUUGGGGAAAGAGGCCACAAAAGAUGGGAUAAGGCCGUCUCAGGCGGCUACGAGAGUAUUCGACGACUGACACACGAAUGUCUGCUUCCAGCGUUGGAACGCAGUCAAGUCCUUCUCAGUCGAUUGGUUGGAUUAUCUAAAUUCCACAAGCUAAGCGAUGUCCUUGGGCUGGACACAACGAAGCUCAAUACUAUCGUGGAGACACUCGAUUGUCUCCAUCUUCUGGCACACCAUGUCCUCACUCAUGCCAACGAGGAACUGGGUCAAUUCGCCGCUUUCUCCAGAUGGCUUCGUCAAGAGAUUCAUGUUCUCAACAGCGAUCCCUUGUCGCAAACACUAGAAGAGAUGCAGGAGAAACGAGACUUGUUCGAUGUCCCUCCUACUGUGAAGUACAUCAAAGGCGCAUUGACCAAAAGUGCGCUGCGGAACUUCAUCCGCCAACUUCCUAUGAUUGGAGUUGUUCAGCCUCCUGCCCCUCCCACUGAUAAAUGGCUUCCAGAUGGCCAUGACCGCUCGUUCUUCGACACCUAUAAGUCCCUUCUUCAACAGCAACGCGAGUCUCGGGACAAGGGCAGUGAUGGUACAUCUGUCGAGACGCCUAAGCUCAAUGACUUGACGAAGCGUCUAGGUGUCCAGUUUGAGAAAGUCUUUGGGGAUAUUGCCUUGACUCAACGCAGGGGAAUCCUCCAUCGCUCGCCUUUGACGCUACACUCUGAUUGCGACCAGGAAGUUAUCGAUCUUACUUUCUGCUACGAAGAUGUCGUAGAAGGCCAGCCUUGCUCGAUAUACGUCGCUACCCGAUCAGUCACAUCAAAUCAUCAAGUCUACCUCUACCGCGUCGUCCUCAACUCCGUCGGCGGUGUCAGCUCAACAAGGAGCACGUCUCUUGCAACCCUCGACUUGCAAGAUGGUGAAGUCCGCCAACUCCAAUUCGUCAACGACGAUACACUUAUGGUCCUCUGGCGCGACAGCAAGGGUUCCUCCUAUCUCCUCAACUUCCCCUUCCAGCCCGCUUCAACACAAUCACAAAGCGAUACAACCGACUCAUCACCUCUUGUACUGGACUACAUUGAGUGUGACAGCACGUCAUCCGCUCCCAAGCCUACUACAUCAGCUACGACACUAGAUCUCUCGGCUGAAUCCCCUCAUGCGAGUGUCCUCAUACAUCGCUUUGCUCUACAUGGCCCUAAGGCGCGGCCUGUGCAUGUUGACGUCAAUGGUCGGAAGGGACGGCGCGCUAUUUGUGUGUUGUAUGGGGAUGCUAUGCGGUAUGAGGUUUUGGAUUUGGAUGCUGCCAUGGAAGAGGACGAGGACGAGGAAGAUGACGAGGAUUACCAAGAAGGGGAAGAGGAGGAAGAAGAUGAUGAUGAAGAGGAAGAUUCCAAUAGUGACGAAGAGAAUGAUGAGAAUUAA